GCGCUAAGAUCCGAUAUUAACCCUCGAGCCCGUGAUUGCCGCGAAUUUAUUGCAAGCGCCGUACUUAUCAGGGAAAAUAACAAAUCAGAGAUAUAUACAAUACACAUAUAGGUAGAUCGUAUAUUUGUUAUCGCAUAACGUAUCGAACAUAUUGCGAGAUGGAGGGAAGAGUAAAUGAUCACCCGUUUUCUUGUAUCGCGUUAGGAGCGAACUGGAGAGCUUAGAAUACGACAUGCAAGCUCUACGGGACGCUGUCGUGGCGAGAGAAGAAGCGUGGGACAGAGCUGUGGAAAGAGAAGAAAAUUAUCGUCAGCAGUUAGCGAGAUUGUCCGCAGAGACUGUCACUACACGUCAUCUCGCCGAUUCUAAACAAAACGAACUCGAAACGCUAAAGAUCACCCUCUUGGAGAGGGAAGCUGAGUUGAAGGCAACGCAAAAGGAUUUAUUGAGCUUGGAGAAAAUCAUCGUCAAACUGGAAAAACAUCAAAGGGAGCUCGAGGAGGCCAGUCCGGAAACUAAGCUGUUCCCGGUCAGCGGCAACGAGCGGAAAACUAUCGAUGAAAUUGUGAGGAAACAGGCUCGUAUCAAACCCAAAUUAAAACCCAGACCUAAAGGUAGCUCUUCGACGCCUCAAAGUCUUCAAGGAAGUCCGCGUUCUGCCGCGCGCACUCCGAGAGAUCAUGCUGGAUCGGCUAAUUGCUCCUCGAUUUUUUAGCAUAAUCACGUAUCGUGCAAUGUACGUACAACGUCCUUUCAGACCCGUUGAAAAAAAACAAGACCAAACCAACAAAAAAUAAUUAGAACAAAUGGAAAAAUUCUAAUUGUCAGUGUAUAUGGACUGUAAGUGUAUAUCUUUGUCACUGCAUGUUUAUUUUUGGACAAUUUUUCUUUCGGUUAUUGCCAUGAAAAUGUGAGUGAUAUUGAUGAAUUAGCUGUUGUUCGGAUACUCAAUUUCGAAUGCAACCGAAAAUGUUUUUCAUCGUUGUGCGAAUCACUGUCUUGUGGUUAUCAGUGAAUAAGCGCCUUUGAUCGAUGAAACACAUGAGUUUGAAAUACACGAUGAUAUACUGCAAAAAAUUCGAAUUACUAAUUGCACGCUGCACUUUUAGACUGCACAUAUUACUUGUACGCAUAAGAUUGGAAGUUAAAAAUUAAAGAACAUAGAUAUGAUAUAGCACAACAAUUUCUAGCGGCAUAGACGGAUUAUUCCUCACAAAAAACUAAACUUAUAUAAUUACGGCAAAAUGCUUACGUUUUGCAAGAUGCAUGUAUUCAUAUUAUAGUUUUCACUCGUUGAGCGUAACUUACGUGAAUCAAAUUCUCAUGGAUAAUGAUAAGGAUAAUGUCAGUUAUCAGAGUAAUUAUUUAUUGGAGUAAAUUGUGGAUAUGUGAAUUUUUUUGUAUCUUUUUCCCUCCCUGUGCAGUAAAACAACCUUGAGCUUUGAUAUUUCGUAAUAACUCCUUGGCGAGUUUUUUUCUUUCUUAUUUUUCAUUAUUCUGGGAAUGAGAUUAAGAAAUCAUUUUUCCAAUUCCACACCUCCAAUGUCAGGCUAUAGUCAAAGUAUAGCAAUUUAAUUUCAUUCAGAGUCCGAUAUGAGCGACCAAACAGAGAUAUAUCGUACGUAUGAGUAAUUAAAUUAAUACAACUGAAAGAUAUGCAGAUUGUCUCUCCCUAUAAUUUGAUAAAGUCUGUGUUAUUUUUAAUUAUUGAUGCCACCUAUUGUACGUACAU